CCUGCCUGUAAUAAACGAAAUAGAAAGCAUCAGAGUGAAUGGCAAGUAGCAAGGGGCUCUACCCAUCACCAACAAGACCCAGCCCUUUGACAGCUUGAGCCACAUUCUACAAACAAGAUGGCGGACAAAAGACUUCCCUGUUCUCUGAGCCCAUGAGGGGCGAGCCCCCGUGCAGCCCAAAGAUGGGGAACGUCACUGCAGACAACUCCUCGCAGGUGCCCUGUGCCAUUGACCACACCAUCCACCAGACGCUGGCCCCGGUGGUCUACGUCAUCGUGCUGGUGGUGGGCUUCCCAGCCAACUGCCUGUCCCUGUACUUCGGCUACCUGCAGAUCAAGGCCCGGAACGAGCUGGGUGUGUACCUGUGCAACCUGACGGUGGCGGACCUCUUCUACAUCUGCUCGCUGCCCUUCUGGCUGCAGUAUGUGCUGCAGCACGACAACUGGUCUCAUGGCGACCUGUCCUGCCAGGUGUGCGGCAUCCUCCUCUACGAGAACAUCUACAUCAGCGUGGGCUUCCUCUGCUGCAUCUCCAUCGACCGCUACCUGGCCGUGGCCCAUCCCUUCCGCUUCCACCAGUUCCGGACCCUGAAGGCGGCCGUCUGCGUCAGUGUGGUCAUCUGGGCCAAGGAGCUGCUGACCAGCAUCUACUUCCUCAUGCAGGAGGUCAUCGAGGACAAGGAGCAGCACCGCGUCUGCUUUGAGCACUAUCCCAUCAAAGAGUGGCAGCGCCGCAUCAACUACUACCGCUUCCUGGUGGGCUUCCUCUUUCCCAUCUGCCUGCUGCUCGUCUCCUACCAGGGCAUCCUGCGGGCCGUGCGCCGGAGCCACGGCACCCAGAAGAGCCGCAAGGACCAGAUCCAGCGGCUGGUGCUGAGCACGGUGGUCAUCUUCCUGGCCUGCUUCCUGCCCUACCACGUGCUGCUGCUCGUGCGCAGCCUCUGGGAGUCCAGCUGCGAGUUCGCCCAGGGUGUCUUCAACGCCUACCACUUCUCCCUCCUCCUCACCAGCUUCAACUGCGUGGCGGACCCCGUGCUCUACUGCUUCGUCAGCGAGACCACCCACAGGGACCUGGCCCGCCUCCGCGGGGCCUGCCUGGCCUUCCUCACUUGCUCGGGGACAGGCCGGGCCAGGGAGGCCUGCCCCUUGGGCACCCCUGAGGCCUAUGGGAAGAGCGGGGCCCACAAUGAGGAGCCCGAGUUGUUAACUAAGCUCCACUCAGCCUUCCCAGCCCCUGAACCGCCUGGCACUGGGGCAGCCCCCACGGGCGGGCUGGUCUAGCCUGGGUCACCCAUGUGUGCAGCUAAGGGAGGCCUGAGCCUUCAGCCAACUAGCCCUGUGGCCCUGAUUUGCUUGCCGGCUGGAUCCCACUUUGCCAACUGCAGGUGUCUCUUUCUGCUUGAGAGAGAUGGCCCAGGCUUCAGCAAGGCCUCUUGGGCUCCAGGAAGCCUGCUCUGGCUCGCUGA